CGUACAUCUCUUGAGAAGAAACUCAUGUCUUUAUGAGACUGAACACACGCUUCACAAACAAGGGUUUGUUGUUAAUCAUGUUAGUAGGCCUACUUUACUAGUUCCUUUAGGAACUGUCUCUGAUCGGACUAUGUCCGGGGCAGGCCCAUAGCUGGCUGCGGAGGGGCAGUGAAGAUUUUAGGGGGUGCACAGUCUACAGAGUACAGCAGGAUAAGCCACACAGAAGAUGGAAUACCCAGUCAAAAAAUAAGUUGUGGACACAGUUUCCUCCAUCUAUGUUGAGUCACGAUGACUUCAUCAUGUGUGAUGAAUCAAGUGGUACAAACUCAUCUAUUAAUAUCCAAGAUAGAUGUCAACAGAAUAAUACAAACCUGUGACAGUCUCGUUAUGAAUCACAAUACAACCAUCAAACAACUUAUCUCCCUUUUCUCUAAAAUAUCUGGUUAUGAUUCGUACUGUCAACAGAUUGUGUCGUUAUGUAACCAGAUCUUGUCUGUUACGGUAACCAGUAGCAACAGUGUAGUAAAUGUGUGUAAAUCGUUAAAACCAAUAGAUUUGCCGCCAGGUCCUGGAAGUUCAACAUAUGUCAAAAAUGGUGACCAGAUCGCUAAGGAAGCGAUGUCAAAGGCAUGUAAAGUCACAAGAUUAUAUCACAACAAUGUCUCUCCUUCUAGUUUAAAACAACCUGUAGGAACAAGAAAAUCCAAACCAAGCAUAUCAAAAAGAGGUAAACGCAGUCUACUUAAAUCACCCAUAGCAACAAUUAAUCCUGAUUUACCAACUGUAACUAGUAACCCUAUGUUACCCAUAGCAACAAGUGAAUCUGAAUUAUCCAUAGUAUCAAGUAAAGUAAAAUUUCAACCGCCAAGCAGUCUAGGUAAAUUACACCCGUCAAGCAGUCAAGGUAAAUUACAACCGCCAAGCAGUCAAGGUCAAUUACAAACUGCAACCAGUCUACUGAAAUCACUCAUAGCAAAAAGUAAAACUGAUCUGUUUAUAACAAAUAAUAAAUCUCAAAUAAACAUAGCAUCAAAUGAGCGUAAAUUAUCUGAAUUUACAAAAUCAACCACUAAUCCGAAAUGCACCAUAGAAACCAGAAAACCUGAAUUAUCUGUAGUUGAAAGUAAAUCUGAAUUCCCCAUAGUAACCAAUAAGCCAGAGUUACCGAUAGCAACCACACCGACUAAAUUAUCCUUAUCACAAAAUAAACCUGAACCAACAGUAAAAAAUUCAGCUAAUAUAGAAACAUUUCAAACUAUAGAUGAUAUAAGCUUACUCAAGAACAGCGGCAAAUUCUUAAAAUCUCAUUUAAUAUCAAAUAGCAAAAAUGAUAAGAAAUUUACCAAAUUGUCAGAAGCAGCACCUUCAGUGCGUUUUCCAGUAAAAACUUCCCUUAAUGUGUCUCAUAUAUCAAGUGACUCAUUGUGUGAAAAUGUGAUGGACCAAGGUCUUGAAACAUCGGGUCAAGGCUCAUUUGUUGAGGUCAUAGUAGGAGAUGACCUUAACCUGAGUACUUUGAAAGAUGAAGGUCAAGUUUUUGUAAUUAUUGAAGGAGAUGAGACUUUCGAAUUUAAUGAUGUUACAAAUUUAUACGAUGAACUAACCAUACCAGUGGGUAAACCCAACACAACCAUAGCAACAAGUAAAUCUGGAUUAUCCAUAGCAACAGAUAAACCCAAUGUAACUAUGGUAACAAGUAAACCAGAGUUAUUUAUAUCAACAAGUAAAUCUGAAUACAAUGAAUUCCCCAUAGCAACAGAUAAGCCUGAGUUGGUCAUAGCAACUGAAUUAUCAAUAGCAACAUCACCAUACCAAAACAACAUUAAAUCAUCAACAAUUGUGGAACCAACGCUAAAAAAUUCAUCUGAUAUUAAAACAACUGAAGCCAUAAAUAAUAGAUUCCAGAGCAAAGCUGUCAAUACCAAUGUACUGCAAUCUCAUUCAUUACAAUUAAGCAAACAAAAUAAGGAAUUCCCCAAAAGGCGUUAUCCAUUUCAGUGUUCCUUGUGUCCAAAAUCAUUUGACCGAAACAAAUCUCUGAUACGACAUACAAACGUUCAUGCAACUACAGCAGCUAGAUUGGCUAUGAAACCAUGCCAGACAUUUAUUUGCGAAAUUUGUGGGAAAAUAUUUAAAAAACGUCAGCGUCUGAGAGAACAUAAACCAGUUCAUCUGGAUCACAAACCUGUUGCCUGUCCGCACUGUGAUUAUAGAUGCGUUAGUAAACGUUAUUUAACUACCCACAUGAUAAAGCAUAAUGGUGAGAAGAUACACCAAUGUGAGAAAUGUGGCAAAUGUUUUAAUCGAAUUCACAGUUUGAGAUUCCAUGAAUUGAUUCACAAUGUCACUGAAAAAAACUUUUUCUGUGACGUGUGUCCGUCCAGUUUUUUUCACAACUAUCAGUUACUACGCCAUAAAAAGCAAAUGCACGAAAACCCAAUCCAAUGGUCUUGUCAAGUGUGCGGUAAAAUGUACAACACAAAAUAUUAUUUGAGUAUCCACUUGAGACGCCACACCACUGAUGAACGAUUCACUUGUGACAUUUGUGGAAGAAAAUAUAAACUUAAAAAUUCGCAAAGGAAACAUAGUAAAACUUGUGAUGGUGGAGAGAAGAAAAUUAAUGACAGAUAAUAAGCAUUUAAACAUAACAUUAUUCAUGAGCUAAAUCUGCCUAUUACAGGUCUUUCUUUAGACCUGGGGGUGGGAAAUCUGGUUAGGUGGCCAAAUGGUUAGCGUGUGCGCGUUGUACAAUAAGGUCUGUCAUUGAGUCAACUGGCGUGGUUUCGAUUCAACGGUUGUACAGUACGUGACAAAGAGUAGGGUCACCUGUCCAACCUCACAAGUUUUCUCUGGGUCUUUCAGUUUCCACCCACUGCUACAGCGAAUUAUUGAAAUAAAAUUGUACCAUAAUUAUGUUAGUCCUGAAAUUACCUAGUUUGUGUUGAGUGGAGGUUAAACCCCAUUCCCCGGUUGUAUGUGACAGGGAAUAAGGUUGCCUUCCAACAUAAUGGGUUUUCUCCGGGACCACUUAGUGCUAAGGACCCCAGUGCACAAGCGAAUUAUUCAAAUGAAGUUGAACCGUAUGUUAUUCCCAAAAUGACCCAGCAUUGAGGCCGUGGAUUAGUCAGCAGGGGCUGUAAGGAUAUGAUACAAAUAAAAAAUAAAAUAAAUAAUAUUCAGUUGUCCGAAUCCUAUAAGACUAACGAUCAGUUAGUUCCCUUUAAGGGUUCAGAGUUUCCUUUAUGUAGUUUUGAUUGUCCAAGUGAAAAGUGUGUUAUAUAACAUUAACCGUAAAACAUGCCGUCAUCGGAACUGUACGAUCUAUGAUAAUGUCAUGCGUUCGCCUGUCUGAAUAAACCUUGUUGUUGCCUGUUA